UCUAACGAAAGACUUGUGUGAGUAAAAACAUGCAGAGAAUGUCGGCAAUGAACAGGAAAUUAAUCCAAAACCUCGCCGAAACUUUAUGCAAGCAGGUCAAACAUUUUAAUAAAACAGAGACGGAGUGUCUAAUAAGGCUGUUCAACGGUCUGCUGGGAGAGCAGGCAGAGAGAAGAGCGGCUCAUGGACUGGACCGGGUCAGGUUUAGAAAUAUACUGCACAACACAUUCGGCAUGACCGACGAUAUGAUGAUGGACAACGUUUUUCGUGCCUUUGACAAGGACAAUGACACCUACAUAAGCGUCAAAGAAUGGGUGGAAGGUUUGUCUGUCUUUUUGCGAGGCACACUGGAUGAAAAAAUAAAAUUCUGUUUUGAUGUAUACAACCUGCAUGGCGACGGAUACAUCUCACGGGAGGAGAUGUUACAAAUGCUGAAAGAUAGCCUCAUCAGACAACCCACUGAAGAGGAUCCCGAUGAGGGCAUUAAGGACAUUGUGGAGAUAGCCUUGAAGAAAAUGGAUUAUGACCAUGAUGGGAAAGUUUCUUAUUCUGAUUUUGAGAAGACAGUCAAAGAUGAAAACCUUUUACUAGAAGCUUUUGGCAACUGCCUCCCAGAUGCAAAGAGCACACUGGCAUUUGAGCAACAUGCAUUCCAGGAGCUACAUGGACAUUGAAAAGAAUCAC